AUGAGCUUUGCCAGGGCGCCAGGCACGCCACUAGACGGCCAUGCAUGUUGGGGCUCUCGGGGACAAGGGUGCCACACUGUCGAAGCAGUGGUGAUCUCGAUGCAACUCACCUGCACUCUGACGGGCGCCAGGCCAACCACAGCACCCGGCGACCGCACCUUCUUUCUCCCAUUGCCUCGAUUCAGCCAGCCAGGUACUAGUGUUCCCGCCCAGGUACACGCCCACACGGCGUGCCGGGCUCAGGCACUGUCCAUGCAGCUCCGGCACGUGUGGAGCCGACAGUAUCGGCACUCCCAGAUGAACCAGAACGGGCCGCAGUGGCAGACAUGGCAUGUCCACUCGAUCAGGGUGUUGUCAGACUUAAUCAUGACAAAGGAGUGGGCGCAGUGGCUGUGGCUUGCGAGUGCCAUGUUGGAAAAUGUUCGUCUGGCUUUCGUCGAGUGGUAA